AUGCCGACAUUGUAUACACUUCUUAUUUCACAGACUAGUACAGCACAGAAAGAAUUAAAAAACAGUCUGUGGACACUCAUACAUUUGUAUGAGCCUCCAAAUGCAAAGACUCCGGAUUUAAUUCCAAAUGUAUGGAUAAUCGAUGACAACACAUGUUGGUAUCCUAUGUCGUUUCGGUUAUCAAAGAUAAAAUCUCUUGCUAAAGAAAAAUCAAAACCAAAUAAAAAUGAUUGGGAAAAAUUUAAAAUCAAAAUAGUUGAGAAAAACAUAGAUAAUUAUGAUUACGGUGUAAAACUUAUGUAUAAAUUAUUGAAAAACAAAAAUAAAAAUAAUUUACACUCUGAUGCUGAAUUAAAGGGACGUGGAAUGAGAAAAAAAUUACAAUAUAAUGAAGAUAAUAACAUUCAAGAAAAUCAUGAUUCUGAAAAUAAUGCUGUAUGUGCAGAAAAAACAAGCACUCCCCACCAAAGCAUUAAGUUAGGUAGUACCACACCUGCAGGAGAAUCAUCAUCAUCAGCAUCAAAAGUGGAAUUGGAAAAUAUGUCAUAUUCUUAUGUCAUUGAUAAUGGAUUUUCUGCAAAUACAAGUACAUCAUCAGCUGUUAAUCAUCUAUUAAUAGAUGCAGCAGAUAUAAAUACUCUCAAUAGUGCAGUAUAUAACAACUAUGAUUCAGUCCUCAUAAAGGCUUCAACACUUAAAAAUAAUACAUUCAAUCAAGAAAAAACUGAUGAUAUAUUAUCAACUUUUCCAAUUAAUGAUGAAGAAAAGCUUUUGGCUAUAGAAUCAAAGCUGACAUCUUAUGACCUUGGAUAUUUGGAUAAACAGGUAUCAGCAUUUAUGUUUGCUUCUGAAGGUAAAUCGAUUUCCAAAGUAACCAACAGCUUACUAAGGACAAUAUUUACUGAUACAUUUGCAUCUGACUACAGCUGGAAAGGGCAAAAAAAAAAAAAGAAAUUGGAAAAUUAUAAAAUUUUCAAAGUUAUUAUAAACUGUGUGGGGAAAAAGUUUCCUAAUUCUGCUGAACAUUAUAAGAUGGAUGUCAUUGCAAGUGUCAUGAAUUGGUUUGCACAAGCACCUACCAGAACUCUUAGACGAAAAAAGAAAUAAAAAGUCUGCAGAAAACAUACCACCAGGACAAUCAUCGCCAUUAUUAG